CCGUGCCUAGGAGCAGAGAGCCGCAGAGAUAAACUCCCUGAGCUCCGUGUAACACAGAGACCUGGUCCCGCUGCCGACGAGCUCACACUGAAACCUCUUUGCUCUAAAAUCAACCACAUCGCGGUUUAACUUGUCCGAAAUACUCCUUUACCCCGUUACUGUGUUACUCUGUUGUGGGACGUUCACGAGCGCCUUAACAUGUAAUUAGGCAACAGCGCUGCUGCUGCUGCUACUUCCUGAAUUCACAGCAACAGAUGAAACGGUUGUUUGGCAGGAGCCUACAAACACCGGAGCAUCGUAUCGUUUGGCCGAGAACCACGACAUAAACCACGGCCUUUAAAUCCACCGUCUUCGGCUCGCGUUGAGGAGUGUCCCCGCCGUGCUGCGAUGGUGGAGGCUCCGGCGGUCUGUCUGUUCGAGGACAUCCAGUAUGAAGACAUUCAAGUUGAAGCGGCCGUUGGCAGAGGGACAUUUGGAGUUGUCUUCAAGGCCGUAUGGAAAGGAAAGGAUGUAGCAAUCAAAACCAUUGAGAGUGAAAAUGAAAGGAAUGCCUUCCUUGUUGAGCUCCGCCAGCUCUCCCGGGUGAAUCACCCCAACAUUGUUAAGCUGUAUGGCUCCUGUGAAAAUCCAGUCUGUCUGGUCAUGGAGUAUGCAGAAUGUGGAUCUUUAUAUAACUUACUGCACAGUGCAGACCCACAGCCCCACUACACAGCAUCUCAUGCCAUGAGCUGGUGUCUGCAGUGUGCCCAGGGAGUUGCCUAUCUGCAUGCCAUGAAGCCAAAGGCCUUAAUUCACCGAGACCUCAAACCGCCAAAUCUGCUCCUCGUGGCUCGAGGCACUGUGCUGAAGAUAUGUGACUUUGGCACUGCUUGUGAUAUUCAGACCUACAUGACAAACAAUAAGGGCAGUGCAGCGUGGAUGGCGCCAGAGGUGUUUGAAGGCAGUAAUUACAGUGAGAAGUGUGAUGUGUUCAGCUGGGGUAUCAUCCUGUGGGAAGUCAUCACACGUAAGAAGCCCUUCGAUGAGAUUGGUGGCUCGGCGUUUUGUAUCAUGUGGGCCGUCCACAGAGGUACACGGCCUCCUCUGAUCAAAGACCUCCCAGAACCCAUAGAGACUCUGAUGACCCGCUGCUGGGACAAAGAGCCCAGCCAGAGACCAUCCAUGGAGGAGGUCAAGAACACCAUGAACCAUCUCAUGAAGUACUUCCCAGGCUCUGAUGAACCACUCAAGCUCCCUCACCAGUCGUCAGCCAACAGAAGUGGGUCUUCAUCAGCCACAAGCACAGGUUCGUAUGCUGACUGCACCAUCAACAGUAACAGAAGUGACGACAACACAGAACGCAGAGACUCAGUUGGCCGAGAGGAAACCCUGAAGAGCUUUGAGGCCAAAUUUCCACUUCAGUUCAAACCCUUGAAGACAGCCACACUGCGUACUGGUCUGUCCAGGGUUUCCAGCGUGGACAGUCAACCGGGGCGCUCCCAAAGCCCCACCCAUUGCACCAGCCCAGUAACCACCACUGGCCAGUCAGAGCUGAGGAUGACAUUUAGCCCCUCAGCUACCAAUGGUUUAGACAGCUCCAUUCCCAUGGCCUACCUGAAACUGGAUCACCAGUUACAGCCUCUGGCUCCAUGUCCAAACUCCAAGGAGUCCAUGGCUGUGUUUGAGCAGCACAUCAGGAUGGCUCAGGAGUACCUCAAAGUCCAGGGGGAGAUAGCUCACCUUGUUCGGAGGAAACAGGAGCUGAUGUCGGAGCUGGAGCGGGACCAGAGGGAGCAGCAGACUUCAUCUCGACUCAUUCAGGAGCACAGCAAGCUGCUGGAGGACAACAGCCACCUGUCGGCCUACCACCAGGGCCUGAAGAGCAAACUGAGCCUGAUCAAGAGUCAGAACCAGCACAACAGCUAGGACAGGAGGCUGGCCCACAGCAAACAACCCACGCCUCCUCCACUGGUCUUACUCUGUUCUCCUCUGGACUGCCCCUUUCUCUGAAGGAUGAGAGGAAACACUCCUCCUGACCAUAAAGUAGGGAAGCCCAUGAUCCUGAGUGAAUAAGAUAUAUAACUCACCACAAAACAGUGUCUCAAGAUAAAGGAUCAUUUAGUUGUUUGUCAUUUUUUGCAUAAUGAAAUAGAAAGUAUAAUGACAAGGCAGCUGUCACAACCAUUUUUGGACAUAGUUGUGGAGAAAGUAUCUGAGUGUCGAGCCUCAGAGUGGGUUUUUCCAUGACAGUGGUUGAGUGAGAACUGAGAGCUGGUACUGGAAGGACCAGUCAGGAAAAUUGUGGUAUUUUUGAACUUGGGUCUUUUCAUAACUGUAGCCAAUCCGACAGUGUGUGUCAACUUUGCUCUCAUCUCCGCCGUAGAGAUUUGUAAAGCCAAACUCUAGGCUAAAAACCUUGUGUGCCUCCUAAAGCUUUCCAAAAAAGCUUCAGUUUU